UUUCCGUCUACGGCGGAACCAAUCUCGUUCUCUCAUGUUCCAAUGCUUUAUCCUUCCGCGGAUCUAGCAUUACAGUUCAGAGUCUAGAUAAUUGUAUGCGUUAGCAUUUGUAACACCAGUAAGACGCUUUGUACCGAAGAGUCCGUGAAUCGAAUUUUAUCGGUCCACCCACGUGUGCUAAUGUUUUAGUUUGCCAGCUGGUACUAUUUUUUGUGUGCGUAGGGAUACGAGAAGUGAGCGGCAGAUUUGAAUUUGAAUCCUGGAAAGGAGGUGAUGGCUUCCAGAAAGGUUUUGCAGGAGAUUCAUAUCUUACCACCAUCAGCUGAGGGGCCACAAGAAGAUGUACAGUUGCCUGUCCUUCAGAGAAAGCAGCCCCCAGCAGCAAGCAGUUGGACCGAUAUAUAUGAUGAAUGCAAAGAGAAUGUGGUACCCCCAGAUUUGGAAAGCUUUACAGAGGGGGAGGAUGAAUACCAGAAAAAAGGGCUAAAAAUAUUGGAGGAUUCAGACAGCAACAGGUUGAUGGAUUCCCAUUCACAAGCUGAAGAGACAAUCUCAGGAUCUCACAGCUAUUCUUCUUUACACCAGCCGGCACAGGAUAAUAUGGAAAUGGAAACCAAGGCAGAAGCCGGGGCUUAUUGCACACCUAGCAGGGACAGAGGAGAAUCCCAUCUGGAGGCAGAGUCCUGUCAUACUCCAUUAGACUUCUCCAACGGUGAUGUGGCCGAGCUUGGUAUCACUACUGACAGCUUCACCAAGUGCGCAGGUACAUCUCCCAAAUCACAGCUGAAGCAUAGACGAAGAUCCACAAUUGGUGUCCGAGGCUCUCCUGAAAUGAACUUUCUUAUUUGCCAAAUUGCCAAGCAAAGAAGCAAGGAGAAAAGAGAGCCAGAUCCCUUGGAAAAUCCAUUUAUAUCUCCCCGGAAUUCUUUAUUGAAAGACAAAAUGUCUGCAUUUCGGAAUGCUUUCCAGGUUGUUGAUGAGGAUGAAGGGAAGCCCCCCUUUCCUGGAUUUUCAGAAGAGACAGAGUCUCAGCCUGAAAGAGGGGAAGAAACAGCUGAACCUCCGCAGAAGAAGAAAAGAAUAUACAGUAUUUUCAAUCCUAUACAUGAGAAUGCAACCAAGAAGCCCUCACCACUAGCCCUUCCAUCCCCAGCAGAAAAAGCUACCAAGUGCCUCAGCUCCUCUGUGGGCAAGAAGACUCCCAAACCUGACCAUAAGUUACCCUCAGCCGUGCCUCCUAACCACUCUAACUCUGCUGUCGUCCAACCUGCCUUGCUCUCACGCAGUGAUGACGUUUUUCAAACACGUUCUCCGAAAUCCUUAAAGAGAAAAGUGAUGUUUUCAGAUCUACCGAAUCCCGAAGUGCCUGAUAUGUCUGCCUCAGUCCAGCAACCAAUGAAGAAUCCUACUGCAUCUCAGCCUUGCUCCAACUUUACCCUGAAGCCUGUCCUGAAAAAGACCCCAAAAAGGGAGCCCUUUAAUAUGGAGGUGUCAUCACAUCCAAAACGAUUUGUAUUUUGGGACCUGAGUGAAGAACAGGAAGUUGUGCCUUUUGGAUUAGGAGAGACAACAGACACUGGAGAGAAUGAACACUUAAAAAAACUAGAAAGUGCUAAAAGUUCUGUAAAGAAAAAGCGUGUUACUUUUGGUAAAACUCUGAGCCCAGAGUUGUUUGAUAGAUUUCUACCAGCAAACACCCCUCUGCGUCGUGGUGGGACGCCAUAUCACCACCGCAUUUCAGAGGGCAGUGCAACAGCUGAAGAGGUGAAAGGAGCAGGCGAACUAUCAGAAACAUUGCAACAGCCGAACUUUGACUGUGAGGAGGAAGAAGAACCCUUUAAGCCCCUGUCAUUGAGCUUUGAAGCAGAGUUGACCGAAAUUCAAGGUCAUACAGACAAAGCUGAGCUGAGGCAAGAAAUGGAUGAAAGCCGGCUGGAUGAGUCCAGUUUGCAGCAUGGGCUGGUACUCUCCCCUUCCCCAUCUGUCUCCUCUCCAGAGAAGAGUCCUUCUAUCCUGCAUUCAGACACAGAAAGUGCCAAUGAUAAAAGCUUCUUCAUCCCAGGGCCUGCUGCCUCUGUUGCUGGUAGCAGAUUGACACGCUCUUCUUUAAAGGAAAAGGGUUGCAGAUCUAAGGAAGAUUCUGCUAGUGUCUCGCAGACGGAGGAUAUUAUCAGCCCAGUGAAAGUUGCAGAAAAGGUCAAGUCUAAAAGGGAGAAGAAGCCAGUAAGAGUUGUGGCCAAGAAAGUGCAGAUCAAAGCAGCCCGUGGCAAAGGGAAGAAGAGCAGAGGGAAAUCCAAGAAGAGUAACCAGAAAGCCCACUAUGUGGAACGGGAGACGGUCUCAAAAAAGCCGCUUCUGAGUCCCAUUCCAGAACUGCCUGAGUGCUAUCCCACACCUUCAGCCCCAGGCUCAUUUGACUUCUCGCAGGGACAUAGGAACCCAACACUUAAAAAAAGACCCACAAAGACAAAAAGUGUGUUAAGGAAAAGUGGAAGAGUUGAAUCCAAAAUUGAGUGUUUCUUACUCAGUAACUCCAAUAAUGACUCUGUGGCAGCAACAGCUGAUGAAAAGGAGAAGGAUAGCUUAGAGGAAACUGCACAAGAAGCAGAUGGUGAACAAAUCUGUCUGCAGGUUGGCCAUACCAAUCUAUCUAUAAAUAUAUUUCAAUCUACUGUGAGUAGUUUAUACUCCCUUAUCCACACUGACUCCAUAUGCAGCGAAGACACCCUCCAUGUCACUGAUAAAUCAAAUUUAGAGAAGCAGCAGUCUGUUCUGGAAGAGAAGGACUUGAGACAGGUUCCCUCUCAAAUACCUUCACAGAACAGCACCAGGAGGCGGUCUAUUAAGCGUAAAAAUGGGCCUCGUCAAGCAGGAGAGGAUAAAACUACUGUAGCAUCACUGGAAUCCAAGCCACUCAAUAACCAGAGUCCAAAUCAGCAAACAUUUGAUUUGCAGCCUGAGAAUCCGCAAGAAGACAGUAGUACCAACAGCAGUUCAUCCUUACCCGAUCCUGUCUUAUUUUCUGCAAUAGAGACUGUAGACGCCAAAAAAUGUAGGAGGUCUUUCAGGAACCAUCGCAGGAGCACAACUUUAUCUGUGGGUUCUAUAGAAGGUUCUGCAGAGAAGAGCAUGCAAGGAGAUCCCCCUGCUGCAUCUCUCUGCUUGGAGGAUAAAUUAGAUGUCUGCAAGGGAGAUGAAGACUUUUCAAUAGAAGAUGCUCUGAAGUCCAACUUUCCCAGUGAAAAGAAGGUGAGACGUAGCAUGAGGCUACGAAGGGAUUCUGGUGUGGUUGGAUUGUCCUGGGUACAGGAGGAAAAGAGGAAAGAAACAGGCAGGCGAAAGUCCAUAUGCAUGUCCACAGUGUCGCAAAUGGAAACCUCCCAACCGCUGCUUAAGGAGCAAAUCCCAAGCCCAACUACAGAGAACGAACCUGUUGCCAGCAUAGCCAAAAAAUCUCGGAGGAGGACUCUGUGCACGUCUACCCUUCAUGAAGCCACAUCUGUUAGUGACUUCACAUGGAGUGACUCCACUAGCUCCUGCAACACUCUCUCCAACUCCAAAGCAGAACCCCUGCAUGGUACAGAUGCCAACAUUCUGGGUAUUUAACUGGCACAGCCCUCUUCUUCAUGCAACAGGAAGCAUUGACUUAUAGGUGCCAGUAUAAAUAAUGAAGCUUUACGCUUUCAGCUCUUUUAAAUGUCUCACUGUAUUUGUCAUGUAAAGAUUUGUCUGUUUCUAAUGUGGAUGUCCAUUUUCCCUCUUUAUGUACAAAACUUUGGCUCUUUUUAAUUUCCCUUAUAUAAAUUUCAUAUUAAAUGUAUCUAAACUGCGUAA